AUGAAUACACAAACUAAGUCUUUAACCCCCGAAUUUCUGGAUUGGCAAGCUGAGUUAAUUGGCGUUUUAACAGAUAAAAAUCGUUCCAAAUUAUAUAAAAGAUAUAGAAAUGAAACUGGCCUUGAUCCUUGGGUGAAUUCCCAACCCUCUGAAUCUUUGCAAAUCGAAAAGGAUACUGAUAAUUAUAUGGGUCAUGACUAUAUUAUCAAGAUUUCUAAGUUUCCGGAAGAGAAAGAUGUGAUUGUUGAAGCAGUACAUAAACGCUUCCCUUUCUUGACAUAUACCAAUUCUAAUGCAUGGCAUCGAGAUGUAUUUAAAUAUACCGAUUCAGAAGCUAAAUGCCCUGUAUGCAAAGAGGUACAUACAUAUCGAGGUAUAUGGGGCGAUUGGAGCUGUCUCGGUAAAGAUGACCACUAUUUCCUUAAUUGCCCUUUUCGUAUCGAUCAAAAGAAAGUUAUUAUUGCUGUACAGUGUUUACCAGAAAUUCAAGUAAGUGUACCAAACAAAACCCGCCUUUAUCAGCCAGAGGCAGGCUUACGCCAAUACGCCAUCGAACAUGGAAUGGAUCCCGAGAAAUUUUCGGUCAUUACUGAGGCUGAGAAAAAUAGGUGGGCCAUGGGAUGCUUCCGUGAAGACUUGGAGAGAGAUAUACGCUUCUAUCGUGGUGGAAUAGAAAGGCAGGAAGAUACUAGAAAAUAUC